AUGUCUCCCAAAAGUAACUACGAGAGACGCAUGUACGACUUGAGACUUGAAAUAAACCGGCAAUUAGUCGAUGAGAGUUACAAUGCAAGGAAGGAGAGAUACGAGCUGGAGACACGCGGAAGAAAUGGUCAUUACCCUUUUGGAAGAAGAUGUCGAAUUUGCAAUAAUCUGUCCCCUUACGGUCACCACCCUUUCUAUUUCAAAGAUAGUGACGAGUGGCUAAACCUGCAUGUGUACGACUGGGUCCCUGACCAUCAAUGCCAGUUUUGUGUAUUUCUCAACCGGGUUUUCAGACAUCACUUCGGAAACUCCAAGCCUCCCAGACGUUUCAACCUCAAGAUGAAGCCAGGAUACCCGUUAUAUCUUACUGACAUCCAUGACACUCAUCACGAUCGUUGGAUAGAUUGCAUAGAAGUCUUCAAAGAUAUUGAAAAUGAUGUCCCAGCCUGGUCCAAAACGCCCUUUAUAGGCGGUGGUCCCAUGAUCUUUAACCAUUCAAAUGAUCAGGGUGUCUAUGACUUUAUCUCUAACUGUCUUUCUGAAUGUGAGAAAACUCAUACAAGCUGUCAAGCCCUGGAUCCACUGCCGCUGCCAAAGCGACUUCUGCUAGUAAAUGAAAAAAAUCAGAGUUGCAAGCUUGUUGAGCCACCACAGGACCAGCAGGGAGCUUAUACAGCAUUAAGCUACUGCUGGGGGAAAGGCAAUCGUAAUGCUUUAAUCCUUACCCAGGAUAAUUAUUCAUCUUUUCAAGAUAACAUUUCUUGGCAUAGGCUCCCGCCGCUUUUUCAGGAUGCGAUCAAGAUCACCAACCACCUGAGAAUUGAUUAUAUCUGGAUUGAUUCUCUGUGUAUUAUCCAGGACGAUAAUGAAGAUUGGGAAAUUGAGUCUCAGAAUAUGGCUAGCAUUUUCGAAAACGCGCAUAUCACUAUUAUGGCUGCUUCAUCGCCCGACCCAGAAACACCAAUUCUCAGGCAACGAGCGCAGUGUGAGGAGAGAUUCAAGUUUGACUUUACAGAAAAAAACCAGUCCAAGUCUUAUCUCUUUUCACGCCUCACAACACCAGAAGAUAUGUUCCAUUUACAUCCAGUCCAGGUAAAAGAGGUGUCGAGCAGGGGAUGGGGAGAGGUGCUGUAUCAAAGAGGAUGGACUUUCCAAGAAGACCUCCUCGCGCGGCGUACGAUCCACUACCUUCCCCAAAGGGUAGUCUGGGAGUGUCGGAUGUUACAUGACGACGAACGUCAGCUGCUUGGGAAUCGCAGACUCGCUAACAGCUUCGAUCAAACAGUCUGGACAUGGCGGGAAUAUGUGAAAGCCUAUACCAAGCGAGAUUUGACGUACAUUUCAGAUAAGCUCCCAGCCAUUUCGGGCAUUGCAAAUAUGGUCGCUCAAAAGAUGGGUGACGAAUAUCUCGCUGGUCUUUGGCGAAGCUCCCUUAUUUCCGACUUAGGCUGGCAAUUUGCCUACUCGUCGACGGCGGAACGUACGAGCCCGCCGCGACAGUAUAUCGCCCCCUCAUGGUCCUGGGCUUCCGUUGCAACAAGGCAGGCCAUUGGGUAUUCAAGCGAUAGGGUUCUCAAUACCGUCGCCACUGUGAUCGAUGCAGGCGUAACAUUAAAAGGACGAAACAGAUUUGGCGAAGUGUCCGACGGCUUCGUGCAGCUGCGUGGCUUUGUUCGCAAGAUAAAGCUUUAUUGUGAGAAUAAACGUGAGCUCUUCAAAGCCUACUUUCCGGGGUGUGAAGUGUCUGUGGAAUCUCUACAUUUCAGGGCAGACAUGGAGAUAUGUUCUGGAGACGGGCUUUUGGAAUCGGGCGCUAUGGCACCCACGUUGUGCCGGAGGUAUGCUCAUGAAAAGUACCAGCCGAAGUCAGGCAAAGAUGCGUAUCCCGCGGUAUGGGUGGUUAUACUGUAUGAGACAUUGGAAUGCAUUACUGGGAUUGUUCUUGGGCGAUCGCCCCGAGUACAAGGGGCUUAUGAACGACUGGGGCUGUUAGAGUUUGACCCAAGAGACUUUGGGACGGCUAUGGAGCUGGCCGUUGAAUCAACAAUUACAAUUGUCUAG